AUUAUUGUAUUGGUUAAGGAGCGGGCGCCUAGGACCUUAUUGGUUGUUUUCUUCAUAGGGUCCCAAACAGCUCCGAGAUUUACAAUAUUUGGGUUACAGUUUCGCAGCAAAAUGGCGACUGUCAUUCAGAAUCCUCUCAAAUCGUUAGGUGACCAGUUCUACCGGGAGGCCAUAGAACACUGUCGCAGCUACAACGCCCGUCUGUGUGCUGAGCGCUCGGUCCGCAUGCCCUUCCUGGACAACCAAACUGGCGUGGCCCAGAACAACUGCUACAUCUGGAUGGAACAGCGCCACCGCGGGCCAGGUGUGGCUGCUGGACAGAUGUAUACGUACCCUGCACGGUGUUGGAGGAAGAAGAGGAGGCUCCACCCCCCUAUGGACCCUCAGCUACGCCUCUGCGAACUACGACUGGAGGCAGAGCUGGCCCCUAAGAAGGAGCCCCCCCCAGGAGAGGCCACAGCUCUGGAGGCCCUGCUCAGAGGGGAGGGGCUACUGGAAAAGAAGAAAGACAUCAGCAAAGAGGAUGAGACCCUACUGGAGAUCCAGAGGGUCUUGGAAGCAGACGAGAACGGGGACAGUUUCCAUGACGACGAGGACUUUGAAGUGGACACUCCGAAGAGGAAGCAGAGGAAAGGAAGAGGCAGAGGGUCCAGUCGCAGGAGGACAGAGGCUGUUGCCAACGACGAUGUGGAUAAACCUUACGUCUGUGACAACAGAAACAGACAAAAGCUUAACUCAAAAACUGCCGACUCAGUCUGUGGGAAGCGCUAUAAGAACCGUCCGGGCCUGAGCUACCACUAUGCCCACACACACCUGGCGGAGGAGGAGGGGGAGGAGGAGAGGGAGGAAGAGACGCCACCGUCCCCGCAACCACACCGACCAGACCCAGACCCAGACAACCACAAACCUCAGAGGGCGGCAGACGGCUCCAUCAUCCCUAACGACUAUUGUGACUUCUGUCUGGGAGACUCCGACUCCAACAGGAAGACUGGCCAGGCUGAGGAGCUGGUGUCCUGCUCCGACUGCGGACGCUCCGGCCACCCAACCUGUCUGCAGUUCACAGACAAUAUGAUGACGGCGGUGAAGACCUACCAGUGGCAGUGCAUCGAGUGCAAGUCCUGCAGCCUCUGUGGCACCUCCGAGAACGACGACCAGCUCUUGUUCUGUGACGACUGUGACAGAGGAUACCACAUGUACUGUCUGAAGCCCCCCAUGACAAAACCUCCUGAAGGGAGCUGGAGCUGUCACCUGUGUUUGGAUCUGUUGAAGGACAAGGCCUCAGCAUAUGAAGAGCCAUAGCAUCACACACACUGCCUCAUAAUGGAUUUACAGGCUCAGGGCGUAAUAUUCAGUCUCACCUCGUUCAGUUUCUUAUGUGAGGAGAAAGUACUAUCCUCUACCUCUGAAAUGGAAACGCAACACUUCUACAACAUGCAAUCCUUAUCUGCCAAACAUUUUAUUAUCUGCAAUCAGUUCUCUACCUCACAACUCCACAGCCAACCACAGACAGAACCCAAAUCAGGAUAGGAUCGUUAACAGGCAAUACAUUCCACCAAUGAUUUACCUGUUAUCAUGUGACGUCAUAAUUAAGCGACACAGGUCAGGACCACUUUGAACCAAAAUGUCAUACUGUGGGUUAUAAAACCCCCCCCACAAAGAAUAGUAAUUAGUUUAAAUAGUAAUCUUGCUCCACAGUGUUUGACACCGCUGUUGUACCAUUUUAGUCUCUUCUGACUGUUAGCUAGCUAGCUAGAGAGGUUUGUCCUAGCUGAGGUCAAAAAUACUUAUGUACCUGACAAGGAGAGUUUGUGUCCGUUUGACAAACUUGGGUUUAAAUUUGUUUCCAGUCCCGUCCUUGUUUAGAUUUCACUGUGAAGUUCUUUCAUAUUGCACCAAGACAUAUUAAAUAUUUGAAUUGCGUGACUCACAGGACUUGUCUAACAUAAUUUUAUGUAGGUGUAAUGCUAUCCCCCUUAGGGGUCGUUGCAGCCAUUAUUUUAUAUUUUAGUUGGAUCUUAGCACGGUUUUUUAAUCCCAGUUUGUGGUUACUAGGAUACUAAAUGUACCUCAUGACAACGAUCUAAACAGUUAUUAAUUUAAAACCGAUCUUAUUUCUGGUUGUUGUUACUGUGGAUGGAUGCUUUGUUUGUAAGAGAAAGCAGUGCAGUGUAUGGUGGCUCCACUUCAGAGUCUGCUAUCUAAAUCAUGUCACACACGUUGUUAUACGUUACCAUACGAGAGGGUUUGCAUGUUGUUUAAUAACAUUUUGAAGAUUGAUGUAGGACGUUGAGACACUAUCCAUAGACCAUAGAGAGAAACAUAUUCACAGACACAAUCCAUUCACACUUACAUGGUGACGAACACACAGAAAACACUUACCUCUAGCUCUGCCAUCACGUUUCAGUCAGUGAAUGGUACAUAGCUAUCGUUCAGCCGGUGUGUAGGAUACCUCACAUUUUCCAUGUGUGAUGCGUCCGUUUUUUUGUACAUUUGUAUUUUAUGUAUUAGUAAAUGUCAACUUGUUUUAUAGGCUUCCCUUCCACUUUGUAUAUCAUUCAAAACUUUUAAUGUAAAACUCCAAAUUGUUAUAUAUUGAUUCACGUUCUUCUAUGUGAACAUGAUGUCAAUAGAUUGCACUGAACAAGGUCAUAUAGAUUUUCGGAUAGAUUUAAAGAACCCAGAAAACGGAAACACAAUCCUGAAACAGUGGCAGAAGACCUGAAAUUGUUUUAGCGAUUUUGUUUUUUAAAAAAAAAGAAGAAAAAAAAAAGUAUUUAAUGCAAAAAUGAAUGACAGUGUCAUGACUGGAAAUGUCUUACAGCAAUUUUCUUAUUUUGUUUUAUGCUUGAUAUUGUUUCUCCACAGACAAUCAUGAAGUAGACUAGAUACUGUAUAUGGGGUGCGUUCCAAAUUGUACCUUAUUCUCAUUAUAGUACACUACUUUUGACCAAAGACAUAUGGGCCCCGGUCAAAAGUAGUGCACUAUGUAAGGAAUAGGGAGCCAUUUGGGACACAUCCAUGAUGUUAAUAACAUUUGAAUGGUUUCCUUGUCAACAACAUAUCUUCCUGUUUAUAGCACCAUGCCAACUUCCCACUCUGAGAAAUAUAUGUGUCAAUAUAAUUUCGUUUUAAAAUUGGAGACCAAUCAAUUAUAUAUGGAUAUUAUUUUGUGUCGGUUUUGGGUGCUUUGUUAAAAGUUUGUGUGUAUCUUAGUUUUUGUGUUGAAAUAAAGAUUUAGUCCUUGGUUAUA